CACCGUGGCCGCGCGCCGGCUUACCGAACGCGCGCCGCCGCGUCUCGUCUCGUGCAGCGCAGUUCGCUCGAGCGCUCUGAACAAUGACUGCGCGAGAGGAUGAUGUGAAUCUGGACAAAUGAGUGGUUUAACAUCAGUCCUGCACGCCGCGCUGUUUUGUACGCUUUUCUCACAACAAACGCUCUGAAUAUGUGGAUUCCCACGGAACACGAGAAAUACGGAGUCGUGCUGGCCAGUUUUCGAGGAACGGUGCAGCAUGGCUUGCCUCUGGAGAUCGGUGACACGGUGCAGAUUUUGGAGAAAUGUGAAGGUUGGUACAGAGGAUUCGUCCUCAAGAACCCCAAUGCCAAGGGCAUUUUCCCAUGCAGCUACAUCCAUCUGAAGAAUGCUAAUAUCAAGAAUAAAGGGCAGUUCGAGACGGUGGUGCCGACCGAAGACUCUGUCAUUACGGAGAUGACGUCCACCCUGAGGGACUGGGGCGCCAUGUGGAAGCAGCUCUUUGUGAAAAAUGAAGGUGAUCUGUUUCACAGACUGUGGCACGUGAUGAACGAGAUCUUGGACCUGAGGAGGCAGGUUUUGGUGGGUCACCUGACCCACGACCGCAUGAGGGACGUCAAACAGCACAUCACGGCUCGUCUGGACUGGGGCAACGAGCAGCUGUGUUUGGACCUGGUACCCAGGAGGGAGUUCAGCAUGGUGGACCCGGACGAAAUCAGCGUCACCGAGCUCUACCGCCUGAUGGAGAAUCGGCACAGAAAGAAGGAAACUCCGACGCCUGUCAGCACACAUCACCUGUUUGUCCACCUGAAGAGUCUGAUGAGCUCAAACCUGGGUGAAGAGCUGGAGGUCUUCUUCUUCAUCUACGACAGUCGAGAGAGCAGACCGCUCAGUGAAAGGUUCUUUGUUAAACUCAAUAAAAACGGUCUGCCAAAGUUUCCAGAGAAGAGCGAAAGACAAUGCACACUUUUUGUGGAUCUGGGCAGCGGUGACCUGAGGAAAGACGUGUAUAUUGUGGUACACAUCAUUAGGAUUGGGAGGAUGGGUGCAGGAGAGAAGAAGAACACGUGUAAUGUACAGUACAGACGUCCGUUCGGCUGCGCUGUGGUCAGCAUCGCUGAUCUUCUCACUGCUGACUCCAAAGAUGACCACCUGCUGAAGGUCUACGCCUGCAACACAGAGAGCGACUGGAGUCAGAUUCACGACAACAUCAUUAAGAAAGUCAACUCCAGAUAUAACCUCUCAGGAUCCAACACAGGUCUGGCGGUGGCUCUUCAGUUGCUGCACGGCGACAUCGAGCAGCUCCGGAGAGAAUACAUGGUGCUCUUCACCAGAGGAGUGUCCAUUACCAAAAAACUGGGCUUCUCUGACGUCAUCAUGCCAGGUGAGAUGAGAAACGAUCUCUACAUAACGCUGGAGAAGGGCGAGUUCGAGAAGGGAGGGAAGAGCGUGGCGAGGAACGUAGAGGUCACCGUCUACGCGCUGGACGCCGAUGGACAGAUCCUCAAGGGGUUUGUGGCCGUGGGCUCGGGCGAGCCAGGCGGAGACGAGUAUCACACCUUCGUGCUUUACCACAACAACAGCCCGCGCUGGGCGGAGUUAAUCAAGCUGCCCAUCCCUGUCGACAUGUUCCGGGGCUCUCACGUCCGUUUCGAGUUCCGCCACUGUUCCACAAAAGACAAGGGGGAAAAGAAGCUGUUCGGCUUCUCAUUCGUUCCUCUAAUGCAGGAAGACGGGCGGACUCUUCCCGACGGCACCCACGAGCUCAUCGUUCAUAAGUGUGAGGAGAACGCUAACCUGCAAGAAUGCGCUCGCUACCUCAAGCUGCCCUUCUCAAAAUCAAAUCUGCCCGGCAACAACCAAACUAUGAAAGGCACUAAGGAAUCCCUAUGGAUCACAUCAUUCCUCUGCUCUACCAAACUCACUCAGAACGGUGACAUGCUGGACUUACUGAAGUGGAGAGCCCACCCGGAGAGAAUCAGUGACAGCCUGUCUAAACUCAAAGAGAUCGAUGGCUCAGAAAUAGUUAAGUUUCUGCAAGAUACACUGGACACACUUUUCGGCAUUUUGGAUGAGAGUUCACAAAGAUAUGCACUCAAGGUGUUUGAUUGUCUGGUGCACAUUAUAAACUUGCUCCAGGACAGCAAGUUCCAGCAUUUUAAACCAGUCAUGGACACCUACAUCGAAAGCCACUUUGCAGGAGCCCUGUCAUACAGGGAUCUGAUCAAGGUGCUAAAGUGGUACGUCGAUCGUAUUAUUGAAGCAGAUCGUCAGGAACACAUCCAACAGGUGCUGAAGGCGACGGAGUAUAUUUUUAAGUAUAUUAUCCAGUCGCGACGGUUGUUUGCUCUGGCCACGGGCGGACAGAACGAGGAGGAGUUCCGCUGCUGCAUGCACGAGCUUUUCAUGUCCCUCCGAUUCUUCCUCUCACAGGAGAACAAGGGCUCUCGGCCCAUCACACAGUCACAGGCGGUGUUCCUGCAGUCGUUCCCGGCUGUGUACGGGGAGCUGCUGAAGCUCUUCACGGUCAGGGAAGUGGCCACGUUCGUCCGAGAGACGUUGGGCAGCAUCCCCACCGUGUCCCAGGCUGACUGCCCCCUGGAGGCCGUCAAACUGAACUGCAUCGCCAAAACCGUCGAGAGCCAGCUCUACACAAACCCCGAGUCUCGAUGUGUCCUGCUCCCGGUGGUGCUGCGUUUGCUUCAGGCUCACAUGCAGGAGCAGCGAGAUCUCGUCAUGUGCGCUCACAUACUCACCUGCAUGCUGUCUCUCCUCAAGAAAGACGACACGGAGCCGGCCGUAUCUGAAGAGGUGGAUCUGAUUGUGGAGAGCGUUUUGGGGGUGUUACUGCGAACCAUAUUAGAAAUCGCUAACCGGCCACAACCGGCAGGACCUGCCCUACGGCCCCAAGUUCAAGACGUCACGGGCGAUUUUGUGUCGUGUCUUCUGGCUCUGUUGAGGCAUAUGAAGGACAGACACUACCAGCAGCUCCUGCAGAGCUUCACCAGCAAAGAGGACCUGCGGGACUUUCUCCUGCAUGUCUUCACCGUGUUUCGCAUCCUGAUAAGACCAGAGAUGUUCCCUAAAGACUGGACGGUCAUGCGGCUCGUCACUAAUAACAUCAUCAUCACCACGGUGCUCUACCUGUCAGACGCUUUAAGAAAAAACUUCCUCAAUGACAAGUUUGACUUUAAGGUGUGGGAUUCCUACUUCUGCCUGUCUGUUAUAUUCAUCAACCAGCCCUGCCUUCAGCUGGAGACCUUCUCUGCCUCAAAGAGGAAGAAGAUACUGGAAAAGUACGGAGACAUGCGUGUCAUGAUGGGAUGCGAGAUCUUCAGCAUGUGGCAGAAUUUAGGAGAGCACAAGCUGAACUUCAUCCCAGCGAUGAUCGGGCCGUUCCUGGAGGUGACGCUGGUGCCUCAGCCGGACCUGAGGAACGUCAUGAUCCCUAUCUUUCACGACAUGAUGGACUGGGAGCAGCGCCGGAGCGGCAACUUCAAACAGGUGGAGGCGAAACUCAUCGACAAGCUGGACAGCCUCAUGUCAGAGGGGAAAGGAGACGAAACGUACAGAGAGCUCUUCAACAGCAUAAUUCCUCUGUUCGGUCCGUAUCCUAGUCUGUUGAAGAAGAUCGAGAGAGAGACGUGGAGAGAGAGCGGGAUAUCCCUCAUAGCCACGGUCACACGGCUCAUGGAGCGACUGCUGGAUUACAGAGACUGUAUGAAGCUAGGGGAAGUGGAUGGAAAAAAGAUUGGCUGUACAGUCAGUCUGCUGAACUUCUACAAAACGGAGCUGAAUAAAGAGGAGAUGUACAUCCGCUACAUUCACAAGCUGUAUGACCUGCACCUGAAAGCACAGAAUUACACAGAGGCCUCAUACACGCUUCUGCUGUACGACGAGCUGCUGGAGUGGUCCGAGAGGCCCUUGCGGGAGUUUCUGAGUUACCCGAUGCAGAGCGAGUGGCAGAGGAAGGAGUAUCUGCACCUCACCAUCAUCCAGAACUUUGACCGGGGAAAGUGUUGGGAGAACGGCAUUAUCCUGUGCAGAGAGUUAGCAGACCAGUACGAAUCCUACUACGACUACAGAAACCUCAGCAAAAUGAGGAUGAUGGAAGCUUCGUUUUAUGAUAAAAUAAUGGACCAACAGCGUCUGGAGCCAGAGUUCUUCCGAGUGGGCUUCUACGGCAAGAAGUUCCCUUUCUUUCUACGGAAUAAGGAGUUUGUGUGCCGUGGUCAUGACUACGAGCGUCUGGAGGCGUUCCAGCAGCGCAUGCUCAAUGAGUUUCCUCACGCUAUCGCAAUGCAACACGCCAACCAGCCUGACCAGACCAUCUACCAGGCUGAAGCCCAGUAUCUUCAGAUCUACGCUGUCACGCCGAUCCCAGACAGCCAGGACGUCCUGCAGCGGGACGGUGUCCCUGACAACAUCAAGAGCUUCUAUAAGGUUAACCACAUCUGGAGGUUUCGCUACGACCGCCCGUUUCACAAGGGCACCAAAGACAAAGAAAACGAGUUUAAGAGCCUGUGGGUAGAACGAACAACGUUAACGCUUGUUCAGAGUCUCCCGGGCAUCUCACGCUGGUUUGAAGUGGAGAGGAGAGAGCUGGUGGAGGUGAGUCCUCUGGAGAAUGCUAUCGAGGUCAUCGAGAACAAAAACCUUCAACUGCGGACGCUGAUCACGCAGUGUCAAACCCGGCAGAUGCAGAACAUCAACCCCCUGACCAUGUGUCUCAACGGCGUCAUCGACGCGGCUGUCAACGGAGGUCUCGCUCGCUAUCAGGAGGCGUUCUUCGUGAAGGACUACAUCAUGAAUCACCCCGAAGACGGAGACAAAAUCGGCCGUCUGCGAGAGCUCAUGUUUGAGCAGGCUCACAUACUGGAGUUCGGCUUGACGGUGCAUGAGAAGUUCGUUCCUCAGGACAUGCGACCUCUGCACAAGAAACUGGUGGAUCAGUUUCAUCUGAUGAAGUCCAGCCUCGGCAUACAGGAGUUUCCAGCGUACGUGCGAGCCAGUCCGAUCCACUUCACCAACGGAAGCCCUCGAGCCGGAAGAAACUCAGCACCCAACAUAAUGAGUCCAGAGGGAGGAGCACGUGUGGUGUCACGCCGCAGUCCCCUCAGCUACCCAGCGGUCAACCGCUACUCUUCAUCCUCGCUGUCGUCGCAGGCCUCCAAUGAAGUGAGCAACAUCACGGGCCAAUCAGAGAGCUCAGAUGAAGUCUUCAACAUGCAGCCGAGUCCGUCUACCUCAAGUCUCAGUUCCAAUCACUCGGCCUCUCCCAACGUGACCAGCUCAGCUCCGUCUAGUGCCAGAGGUUCUCCGCAGUUGUCAGAUAAACACAAGCAUUCCCGAGAGAACUGCCUCUCGCCGCGAGAUAGACCCUGCAGCGCCAUAUAUCCCAACCCCCUGGAUCCCGCACAGAGGCCGGUUCCACACCCAGCGGGCGACGCCUCCUUGCCUCGCAGUGACCCCAGCAUCUCCACCCCUGACAAAGUGGUGAAGCCCGCACCGAGUAGCUGGAGUCUAGACACGCCGCUCUCUGAUUUUAAUGGAAAGUGUCCCCCUGUCCCUCCUAGACCAGCGUAUUCAGGAUCUCCUGCCAAGACUACACGAUCACAGUCCCCCGUGAUGACAUCACGCUCGCCGCAGAAGACCUCUGCGCCUCCGUUCACCCCCUCGCCCACCGAGUGCCAGUCGACAGGGUUGGUGUCGAAUUCUCCGGUGCUUUCUGGAAGCUACAGCAGUGGUAUCUCGUCUCUCAGUCGCUGCAGCGUCUCCGAGGCCUCGGGAACUGAGAACACACCCACUGACAAUGCACUCCCAAACUCCGCCUCCAGCGGAUCAGACGAGCUCAUUCGGCGAGAGAACAAGACCCCGCCUCCUUACAGCAUACACGAGCGGAACAACCCCCGCAGACAGGUCCCGCUUCCGCCGAGCCUGUCGAUUCCUCCGAGCAUCGACGCACCACCCAUUCCUCCCAAACCGCACCAGAUUAGAAGGCAAGACACUGAGCCGCGCCGGACCGACCAGUUUCCCAGACCCCGACCCAUUCCCAGGAAAGUCUCCCAGCUCUAACGCUGCUUCCUUCCCUCCAUCCCCACCGACUGCACUUUUUCACUUAACCUCUCUGGGUUUACCAUUACAAAUUCCCCAUUUAGAUUUCAUGUAUGAAACAGACUGUGUAAUAUUUUUUUUUUAUUUAUAUAUAUAUAUAUAUAUAUAUAUAUAUAUAUAUAUAUAUAUAUAUAUAUAUAUAUAUAUAUAUAUAUAUAGAGAGUGAGAGAGGGGGGAAACAAGGGUAUGACUGCGUUUAAUGCACUUUUUAGGUCCAAAAUUAUAACUUUGCUUGUCAAGUAACCCGAGCCCCUUAAUUAACUCUAAACAGAACUUAGUACCGUGGUAUUUUCACAGAUUUUUUUCAUAGAUGCUAAUGUGUAUUUAUAGAAGUUGAUACAAGACAUGUUUGCCUUAAGAGUCUUUUUAUCAAUGAGAAAUGCACGAUUAAAAGUACUUUGUACUUUGAGACAAAAGGUGCUAAAAGUCCUCUUUAAUGUUAGCACAAUAUGUUCAGGAUUGCAUUUAACUUGGGGUCGAAAGGCCUAUUCACACCGAAUGCGAAAACUAGCACAUUAGUCCAUAAAAUAAUGUUAUUCAUUGCAGAUUUGCAUUAAAUUCACUUUCCUGCAUUGGCAUUAUAUGUAAUUGUUUAGUGCACCUUUGCUCAAAUUCCCAUGUGCCCUGUGGGUUUAUAUUUAUGCACAUUUAUUUUAUAUGCACAUAUUUUAUUAGUGGACCUUUAAAGGACACUGGGUUUAUGUCUGCAUUACAAAGAGUUCACAAACUAGAAUUACUUAUGCCAUUGUCGUGUUCAAAAAGAGGUGUGCAUAGACUUCAAUAGUCACAUGUUUAAUUCUGGUUGCAGUAGGUGCAUCAGCAGCGAUAAAUAAAAAAAAAUUCAGUAAGUUUUAUUUGCAGUUCGACAGGUCACUUAAAAAAAAAAAGAGGAAGCUCGCAUUCCGUGUGAAUAGGCCUUUAGAUAGGUUGCUGCUUUUGUAAGACCAAGCUACCAUAGUCUCUAUUCUCAUUACUAAAAAUCCACAAGCAAAGAGCUUUCAUCGAUUCGUCAAAAAAAAAACAUUUCACUGUAUGAACUGCCACCUUUGCAUUGACUAAUGUGAAGUUGUACCUUGAGCCCAUUUAUGUAAUUGGAACGCAAUUGUGGGAGAGUCGAUAUGGGCUUUCAAAGCCAUACAGCAUUGAUAGAUUCUUUGGAGUUUGGGGUCUGACUGAUUAGAGACCGCUUGUGGGCGAGUCUAUAGGGGCUUUCAGAGCCCAGCAGCAUGGAUGGAUUUCUGAGGGGUUUGGGGUCUGAAUGAUCGGAACUCGUGUAGGUGGUGCGAAAAAUUCCCAACAAGGGUUUCCGUACCAAGCGCACAUGCCCACGCGUUAUAAACGGAGAUGGACUUUAGUGGAGUUUUGCCAAGUGUUGUGCCAAAGGAACAGGUGGGCUGUAAGGAAAAUGGAUGUCUUGAACCCGAAGAUGCUUUAUUAGGAUGCAAAUGGAGCGUUAGACAUCCACUGUAAUAGACUUCACCGUACAACUCACGGUGCACCGGACCACUUUACAGCAUACUGUCUAAAAGACAGUGAGACGAAGUGAUAUAGCCUGGUAAAAGAGCUUCAUAUGAAAGGUACUUGAUCAACCUAGGGCAUUACAGAGACUCGAGCUGCCAUUGGGCAAUAAAGGGCUGCCAUUCCUGUUCACACUUCUAAUCUAAACUCAUGCGUUCCAGUCAAAUUUGGAUUGGCACCUCUGGACUGCACCUCAUCUUUCAUUUACCUGUAUGAAAUGCAGGUGAAGCGACCGUCUAUAACGAUUAUUUAACAUGCACAGACGCCAACACAUGGUUGCGAAAUGUCCAGGAAUGUUUCUGCAUGCACAGUUUCAUCAGUCGUCCGAAUAUUUCCACGUUUACAAUUCUGCAAAUGCAACCCGGGCAAAUAUACUAUUGUUUCGUUUUAGUGGAAAAUGUGAUCGCAGUACAGCGUCCUCAUUCGUUUGCUGUUAUUAAUUCUCAAAUUAACUCGACUAUGAUUGCUUUGUCCUUUUUACGGUCGCAUUUUACGAGACUGGGAUUUGUUGCGAAUGCCAAAUGACGGCGCUCGCAAAAAUCAGUACUGUACAUGAAAUAACAAGAUUGUUGUAAUUAUGCCAAAUGCAAUAUCUCGUCUAUUGUACAUAACGUGUUUUUAACAGAAGUGUAGCUAUAACAAAUUUACAGCUUUGAAUGUUUGAACAGCAAAUUAAGAUGAUAAAUGUCAAAUAUUUAUGUAUGUUGUGAGCGUAGGGAAAUGAGGUCGAGAAAGCGCCUAACACAUUUACAUUCUAAUGACUUCCUGUCUAAUAAACAUUUCCAACCAGAA